CGGUUAUGAAAGUUUUCAAUUAUUUUAAUUUUAAUAUUUUCAUAAAAUCGCGGUGAUUUACGACACCGUUGAGUUACCUAACAAUUGCCUGGAGCCCCACAUUUUCUGAAAAGCCACAAAUAAAACACGUCCUCCUCGAAGUCCGGGCUUUCCUGAUCAGACGGUCCUGAUGAAACCUUCACCACGAUAACAUUGGACGGCGCAUCAUAUAAUCUUAAUAUCAGUAGAAAAACAAAAACAAAAACAAAAACAAAAACAAAAGAGAAAGAGAGAAUGACGAAUGGGUCCCUUUACUUAUAUAAUACUAAUAAGAAAGGAGAGGAGAGGAGGGGUGUCGCUUUAUAGCCUUGUUUUUUUUAAUUAUAUUUUCUUCUUCUUCUUUACCAACUCCCAUCCCAGUGUUCACCACUCACCAACCUAACCCAGUGCACUAAUUUUCUUUUUAUUAAAUUAAUAUUUUACUCCUUCCAAAUCUCAUCUCAGAUUGGAAAUUCUUCACUUCUCAUUAUACUCAGAUUUGGUUUCUACAUUUUGGAUUUUGUGGCUAAUUUCUUUCCAAAUCUGAGCUCUGAUAGAAUGUCACUCUGGGAAUGGUGUUCUUGAGAUGCUUAGGGUCUAUAAUCAGUACUAAAUAGAAUGUUUUCUGAGAGAUUAAGUGGGGAGGCAUCAUCUCUUAACAGGGAUUUUGAGGCUUUGAGUGUGUCACAGCGCCUUGUUAGAAGUGUUAGCCAGAAAUUGAGGAAAAAAAACAAUAGAUGUGAAGGAGAGGAUGAGGAUAAUUCUGUAAAGGGUAUUUCCGUCAGAUGUCUUAGUUUAUAUGGAAGAGGUGGAGGUUGUAAAGUGGGGGCUGAUACCGGCGAGGAAUAUGGAGAUCCAAGUAGUAGGAGAAGAUCAUCUAGUGCUAGCGAAGAAGGAAAGGGAUAUAAGCCAAUAUGUGGAACUGAGGAAUCAGGAGUUGAUUGCUUUUCACAUGGGGUUAGAGAAAUGUUUUGGAAGAAAAAUAACAGAAAAGAUUUUGAACUUGAAGAUUCCGUUCAAAAUAGCAGGUUGCAUAUCUUUCUUCCAGAUGAUAUAUUGGAAUUGUGUUUGGUGAGACUCCCAUUGAUCAGUCUCAUGAAUGCCCGACUUGUAUGCAAGAAAUGGAGAUGCUUGACAACCACUCCUCGGUUCUUGCAGAUGAGACAAGAGGGUUUGUAUCAGAAUCCGUGGCUGUUUCUGUUUGGGGCUGUUAAAGAUGGUUUUUGUUCUGGAGAGAUACAUGCAUUGGAUGUAUCUCAAGACCACUGGCAUAGGAUUGAUUCUGAUAUUCUAAGAGGAAGGUUCAUGUUCUCUGUUGCCAGCAUUCAGGAGGAUAUUUAUAUUGUUGGAGGUUGUUCUAGCUUGACACAUUUUGGGAGGGUGGAUAGGAGCUCAUGCAAGACGCACAAAGGGGUUCUGGUGUUUAGCCCUUUAACUAAAUCUUGGCGUAAGGUUGCUUCCAUGAGAUAUGCUAGAUCAAUGCCUAUUUUGGGAAUAUCUGAAGUCAGCUCUGAUUUUUCAAUUGGUCAUAAUCAUCAGCAUCGGCAUGAGAGGCGUUUUCCCAGGUCUCGAAUUGGUGGGGUGUCAGAUGUUUAUGAAGAUCCUCACCGGCUUUCUCUGAGACGUCACUACAGAAAUGCUAUUGAUGAAAAUGAGGCUUCAUCAUUGCACAGCAGAAAGUCGUACAAGUUCAUCAGACAAAAAAGUGACCAGUCAAAUGCUAAGGGUUGUAAAAGGUUUGUAUUGAUUGCUGUUGGAGGUCUUGGAUCUUGGGAUGAGCCCUUGGAUUCUGGAGAAAUUUAUGAUCCCGUAUCAAAUAAAUGGACAGAAAUCCAGAAGCUAUCUAUAGAUUUUGGGGUGGUAUGUUCUGGGGUCAUAUGUAAUGGGAUUUUUUAUGUUUAUUCUGAGACAGACAAGCUCAUGGGAUAUGAUAUAGAAAGGGGCUUCUGGGUGGCAAUUCAAACGUUUUCAUUCCCUCCCCGUGUUCACGAGUAUUACCCUAAACUUGUAUCUUGUAAUAGUCGAUUGUUCAUGCUUUCAGUCUCCUGGUGUGAAGGGGAUGGUCAAAUAGGGCAGAGAAACAAGGCUGUUAGGAAAUUGUGGGAGCUAGAUCUUAUGUAUCUGACCUGGACCGAAGUGUCAGUACAUCCUGAUGCCCCAAUGGACUGGAAUGCUGCAUUUGUUGCAGAUAAGAACCUUAUAUUCGGGGUGGAAAUGUUCAAAAUAUUUGGCCAAGUGUUGGACUUCCUGACUGUAUGUUAUGUGUCGGACACGGGGACAAAUUGGAGUCAUAUUUCGAGGAAUCACAUGACUCAUGAAUUGGAUGCUUCUUCUUGCAUUACUAAAUCAUUGGCUGUAUUACAUCUGUGAAGUCCACGGUGAAAACUCUGAUUUGUGCAGCAAGCUACAUUUAUCUAUUAACAUGAGGAGAUUUUGGGCAUAGAUUGUCAGUUCAAAGUUCAUAUUGAAUUCUUUGAACAUAAUCAGUUUGCACCUGGGCGAUUUCGUCCCUUUAUUUUCUUCUCUGCUGUUCAUAAACUGAUCCUGUCUUCCUGAUCUUGCUUAUGUCAAAUUUCAUUGAAUAAUGAAUUCAUCUAUUUGUUUAUUCAA